AUGGCCGAGCCGCGGCGCUCGUCAAAUUUUGGGCGCGUGGACGCGCUCCGCUGGUGGCUCAAGCUCUCUCACGCCGCCGCGCCCGCCUGCCCGGGCACGUGCUUCCAAACGCAGCGCUCCAAGCGCAAGCAGCACGAGGUGGACAUGGCUGACAGCCUCGAGGUGGCCGUCGCGCGCGUGACCGCGUGGGCGGCGGAGGAGCGGACGCGCCUCCAGCCUGUCCAGCCGCACCGCGCCGACCAGUUCGCCAAAAUCCUGGCCGAGCUGCCGCAGUACGCGUCGAACGAGUGGGACGCCUUCAACGAGAGGGCGCUCCUGCCGCUGCUGCGCCGCCUCAAGGAGGGCAGCAUCGGCCGCAAGCCGCGCGAGCCAGACGCCACCGGACUGCGGAGGGAGGUGAGCGGCGCAUCUGCCGCCGCGCUGCAGGGCCACGUGCGGCGGCUGGUCGAUGCGCUGCGCGGGCUGCACGACGACGCGCCGCGGCUGUGCGCGGAGCUGCCCUCGCGCGCGACUCGCGUCGCCAAGCUGCUGCAGAAGCAAUGUGGCGAGCUGCAAAAACUGCUCGACCUACCCGUCGGCAGCGGGCUGGCCGCGGCCGCCUCCGCCGGCUCCUCCUCCGCCUGGACGGGCGAGUCCCCCUCCUCGGGCCUCGGCCUGGGCGCGCUCGAGCGCGCGGCCAGCCUCGACAUGGCCGGCGGAGAGAGGAUCGAGGGCGAGCAACUUCUCUCGAUGUUGCCGCCGUCUGCGUCGCAAGAGGCGGACAGCGGCGAGGAGGAGGAGGGCGGGGUGGAGGAGGAGGAGCUUCCCUCCGCCUCGCAGACCUCGAUGGAGAUGGUGCUCGACGCGCCCCCCUCCCCCGAGCACGACGGCGGCACAGCUGGCUCCUCUGCGCUCGACCCUCUUCCGCACGCGGCAAACAACAGCUUCGCCGCUGCCGUCGCAGCAAAGGUGCAGAGCAGAGUCGCGGCGCCGCCCGGCGCGACGCAGAGCAGCUGCGGCGCAGCGGCGCCGCCCCCACCAACGCAGAGUGGAGGCACGGCGCCAGAGCCCGCAGCGGGUGGUGUGCACGGGGCGACGGCGCUUGCACCGGCGCCCGCGCCUGCGGCCGCGCCCGCGCCUGCUGCGGCGGCGCCCGCGCCCGCUGCCGUGCGGCGCAUCUCUGCCCCUCCUCCGCCGCGUAUCGAGGGGUCGCUGCUGUCCAAGCGAGGCGGCGCGGCGCCAUCGGCGAACCCCGCCAAGCUGCACCAGCUCCACCUCCACCAUGGCAACGCCGCCGCGGCUGCCCGCAAAGACGAAGGAGCGCACUCCCUCCUCCUCCUCCUCGGCGCCCAGCCCUCCUCCGGCGGGCCGUCGCCAAAGACGGCGCGGGCCGCCGACUCCGCCGCCGCUUCCGCAGCCAAGCUGCCUGCGGCAGCCACGCCUGCAGCGGCGGCAGCGGCGGCGGCGGCAACGGCGACCCCGGCGCUCCGCGCAGCAGCCGGCACCCCCGGGUCGAUAGAGCUGGCGUGAGACGUCGCGCCGCGCAGCCGUCCUUUUCUGCAGCGUGGGGCGCGGCCCCGUCGGCGCCACGCCGCCGCGCGCUCCCGCGGCGCGCAGGGCGGCGGGCGCCGAAUCCCGAGUAGGACUUGUGUCGGGGGAGGCAUGCGUCUAUGCUGUGGCGCGUGAUCCGCCGAUGCGGGGGGUGGCGCCCGCCGGUGCUAGCCGAGCGUUGCGGCGCACGAGCCGCGCUGCAGCAUCGCGAGCGCACGCCCUGUAGCUGUACUUGAGGUAUGUCUUUACGUACAAUGUCAUGUGCAUGUGGAGAGUAGGCAGCCCCGUGUGAGUACCGUCGGCCGCAGAGGUAUUGAGCCGUCUUGCGAGGAUGACACAAUUAUUAAAUUGU